CAGCAGGCAUACCAAUGUUGUCCGUCAUCCUGGUGACGAUCUGCAUCGAAAGUCUCUUGUAUGGCAUUUUCUUCGUGCUCUCUGUCAUCUCGCUGUACAUCUUGGCACGUCGGCAAGAGGACAUGGUUAACGCCGCACUCAAUGUCAGAGGCAAACGACGCGCGGCUUACAUGACGCCGAUGUCAGUAGCCGCGGUAUUCCUCUUCAUCACUAACACAGCCCACUGGAUUGUGGCCGUCUAUCGCCUCUUCGCGGGAUUCAUGCUUCACGAAGAUGGAACGCAAGCGAUAGCCUACUACACCAACCCAUCUCAGCCGACUGAGGUGACACAGAAUACAUUGCUCAUGUUUUCACUGAUCAUCGGUGAUGCAAUGAUUAUCUAUCGGCUUUGGCUAGUUUGGGCAUACUACAUCCCCGUCACCGUCUUUCCGAUCUCCACACUUAUUGGGUUAGUAGUCUGCGCCGUCGGGUCAAUUUAUCGGGCUGCUAUGUCGAAACCCGGUGAGAAUAUUUUCGCGACGGCCACUGGUCGCUGGAUCACAGCGAACUGUGUCUUCACAUUAUGUACGAACGUGUACAGCACAGCUACAAUUGCUUGGCGUAUCUGGGACGCCAAUAGGCGAGUGAGAAAGUUUGGUGGCUCUAGUCUCAUGGGCGUCGUUGGAAUACUGAUCGAGAGUGCCGCUCUCUAUACCGUCUGGACGAUUCUUUUCUUCAUAACCUAUCGUGUCCAGUCUAAUCUGCAGUACUUCGCCAGCGAGACGUACUGCGUGAUAGCCGGCAUUACGUUCAUGCUCAUUCACGUUAGAGUGGGCUUGGGAUGGGAACAGCGUGCGCAGAGUAGCCACGACGGGUCCGUGGACUUGGUCGCCACGCGAGAUAGCAGACAGAACUCUUACGGACCACCAAGCCGGGUCGCUGUGAACAUCACACGUAUAGUUCAACGCGACAACGAGUACGAGUCCGGUGCUUCAAUCAAGUUCGCACCAAACAGUGAUGUCGACCUGCCACUGGCAGGCCAUUCAUAGUUAUUCCGCGGUGUAAUGAUUAUAUACCCUGUCGUGAUAUAAUAGUGGUUGCUACUGCAAG